CUCGGUUAAAGAUCGCGCUCGUUCUCGCGUCCUUGUUAGCCUAACUAACCUCCCCUACUCUACCUGCUCUCCAUCACGGUACUUCGUUAGAUUUACUAGCUAAGAUUUACGACAAUAGAUAUUCAAUUAUGGCGUCCGGCUCUAGUCUUCCGCUUCCCCACAGAGUACCGAAACUUGGCCAUAAAAAAUCCAUGUUCGGAUGCCAGCGUUGCCGAACUAGAAGAGUAAAGUGCAAUGAGGAAAAGCCGAUAUGCCAUAACUGCAAGCGGCACGGCUUACCUUGCAUCUACGAUCGCGAUGCAUCCGUAAAAGCAGCCUCCGGGAAGCCGACCUUAGCUCAGUUACCUCCCCAUAGGCCCGAGGAAAGCGACCCGCCUGAAAGCCGCACGCGGCGAAUGAUAGAGACGAGGUUGAUGCAUCAAUAUGUUGUUGAAACGGGAGAAACACUUGCAAUUGACCACCACACUAGAGGUUUAUUAUCUCGGGUGGUUCCGAAAUUCGCCCUAGAGUCCGAUGGCUUAUUAUAUUCCAUGUACGCCGUCUCAGCCCUACACUUGGCAAAGCUUGGUAGAAGCGAAGAAAUUGCGGGCGGCGCCGAGAACGCUGCCAAUAUAUACUACUCCAUGGCCGUUCGGGAACACCAUAGAGAGCUAUCAAAUGUUAACAAACAAACGGCGGAUGCGGUCUGCUUAACAUCUUGUUUGAUAAGGGCUGUCGCACUCCUCCAGCUCGAAGGUCGAAGUUAUCAACCUUACACGCCGCCAUGGCAAUGGCUCGCUUUAAUACAGGCUUCUACGUCAACAUUCGUCGAGGUAUUCAAGCGAAUGGGACCAGAUCCUCAGUCGCCAAUCUUUCAAUUAAUUAAGGAUACUCGCAGUAUACACAAUGACGGAAAAUUAUUUGUCGUAGGGGAUUACCACAGAUGGCAACAUUUGAUGGACCGCCCCGAGGAGAUUCGAGCUAUCGAACCUUGGGAUGAAGAAAUCCAAGUUACCUAUCAGCGUACACUCACUUACAUGUGCACUAUCCUUGACCUAAUAGACGAGCAAGGACUGUCAUGUACCGUCUUAAGAAUGUUAAUCAUGUUUCCUAUGCUGGUGGGACGACGAUUCGUCGAACUAGUCCAGGAAGGAUCUCCAAGGUCUUUAGUCAUACUCGCUCACUACUUCGCGCUGCUCACGAGGUUUGAGAACAUCUGGUGGGUUGCCAAUGUAGGAGCUGAUGAGCUCCGCGCGAUCGCUGGCGUACUGCCUGACGUAUGGCAAGGUCUACUCGCCUGGCCACUGGAAGCUAUAGAAAACAAAGAAAUCUAGUAUUCAUGGGCGUCCUCAUUAAUUUAAGCUUACAGAUUGAAUCCUUUAACAACCUGGGGGUGAUGUAAUGUCGCCAAGUUGCUAAUGGCGCAGUACAUACGGAUCCGUAUUACGUGGGACCAUCACCAAGCAAUUUUAGCGCAUCGUUCUCGUCCUCGUUCUCGCUUUCGCUCACUCCACUAAAACCUCGUCGUCGUCAAUCAAUACUUAGAUCUACCAAACAAUCUGAAUGUUC